UAUGUAUUUAAGCUGUCUUUUUUUAAACAGUAUAGAUACAUAACAAUAAAAUAUAUUAUUUUUCGUGGCAUAGGACAACAUCAAGCAAGCUCUGAGUUUAAAUUAUUACACCGUCCAUAAAUAGUUUUUAUGCCAGAAGAAUCUUCGAUACUCUGCAACGAGACAGGAAAGAAGAUUUUUUUUGUUAUAUACAGAAGUAUAUAAGCGGACUUAAUGCCAGAGGCAUUUUCCACCAGUCGGCCUUAGGGUGGUGCAGAGAUAAACAAGUUGGGUGGCCUUACAUUACUCCUUUCCGGAACAAAAAUCAACUAGAAGGAUUAUAAAUAUGUAUUAUCUGAUAUCACACAGCAUUCCGAGAAUGAUGUAAGAAUUCAUAUUUGUCACUUGACUGUACGUCGUUCAACUAUUUUUAUUUGUCCGGUGAUUUAUGAUAUUCACAUGUACUUAUUGAGUUACCUAGGGAUCAAUAGGGACUAUUUCUGCAUGAACGACUCUGAUACGUACAAUUUCGCUACUCUUAUCAUUAUCAAUGAUAACACGUCACUAUUUUGACUCAUAUAAUGUAAUCACCUGCCGGCGUACGCUCGUCAGGCAAUUGUGUGCGUAAAACAAUUGAGUGUAGUUAAUUAAUAAAAAAAAAAUUACAGGAUUAUUUUCUUAAGAUAUAUAAACCAGUGUUGCCUGCCAAGAUAAUGAGUGUUGUGUAAAUGAAUUUUCUGUUAAAUCGCGCGGAAAAGAUAGUAAUGAAAGCAAGACGUGAUGAUUCGUUUGCUUGUCGUUUUUGGCCCCCUGGUGCUAUGGAGUUUCUUAGCGUCUGGAGAAAUGUUGGAUUUCGAUGACAGGAAUACUAGCGAUUUAUGCUACCUUUGCGCCUGCAGUCUUGACAAAACAUAUGUUGACUGUUCUCGUCGAGGUCUCACCGACAUUCCCGAAGGUCUUGGUUCAGAGGUGAAGAAACUAAACAUCUCUUAUAACGAAAUUAGUAUUUUCCCGCCAUCAAUAAAUAGGUUUUAUAACCUCAACGCGCUGGACAUAAGAGGAAAUCGUCUCACAGAGCUACCAGCCAAUGCACUGCAAAAUCUCACAACACUGGAAGUGUUAAACUUAUCAAAAAAUUAUUUCGAAACAUGGCUCAAUCUAAAUCCCAACGAAGUCUUUGAACCGGCGACACAUUUAAAAACAUUAGAUCUAUCACAUAAUAAGUUCAAGACGAUGGGCAAUUUGGCAAAUCAAGAACUCCUGAUAAGCUCAUCUUUAGAAAUAUUAAUAUUAGAUCACUGCCAAAUAGAUUCUAUACACGGAAGAUCACCAUUAAGUGGUCUGAUAAAUAUUAGAAUUCUUAGCCUGAACCACAAUCCUUUGCAGAGAAUCCACAGCCUUAUAUCGCCGACAUUAAAUAGUUUAUUCGUUAAUAACUGCGAGUUGAGUAAUAUCAAUCGUAAUGAACUCACUUAUCUACCGUCAUUGGUAUACUUGCAAAUGUCUCACAACUACAGAUUAGAGUUAUCUUCUUCAACGUAUAACUUAUAUUCUGAAUCAUUAAAGUUCUUGGACAUAUCUUAUUGUAAUGUAUUGCAACCUAAUCUUCAAGGAUUUCCUAAUUUAAGAAAGGCAGUGCUCAAUCAUAAUAUGGUCAGAUUUUUGGGAAGCAACGAAUUUGCAAACAAUACAAAAUUAGAAUACCUUGAUUUGUCAUACAACAACAUAGGAUCGCUCAGAAGUGACACGUUUAGAGGUCUGAGCAAGCUUAAAUAUUUAGAUUUAUCUUGGAAUGAAAUAGCAGUUAUGCCAGAAGACAGUUUAUUACAAAUGCCAUCGUUAACAAACUUAAAAUUAGCUAGAAAUUAUUUGACAAGAGUUGGUCACCUAAAAUCGAUGUCUAUCACCGUGCUCGACAUAAGUUCGUGUGAAAUAAGCGCUAUAGGAAAAGAUUCAUUAGAAGGUUUGCAGUCUUUGGUCGACCUGGAUUUAUCAAGAAAUUUACUUUCAUAUAUUCCAGAAAGUAUUUCAUCUAAUACGCUAAGAUAUUUAAACUUAAAUUACAAUCGAAUUAGUACCGUUAAUAAUUUCACAUUCUUUAUGCUGCCGAGGUUAACUGGCUUGGCUGUUAUCGGAAAUAGGUUUACAACAAUUUGGAAGAGGUCAUUCUUUGAUUCAAAUGUAUACUUGGAACGGCUAGAUCUCGGUGACAACAUGUGGCGCUGCGACUGCGCCGACGACGGCAUGUUCGAUUUUUACGAUUUCAUCACACUUGAACCUAAUAAAAAAGAAGAGUCUUACAACCUUAUAUGUAACAGCCCCGCAAACGUAAUCGGACAAACAUGGUUGGAAGCUUGUUACUUCAUUUGGAAUCCUAGCGAAAAGAAUCCUAAUAUUGAUAGCUUAAUCUGGUUUAUAAUCGUUAUGAUUAUUACCUUAUCUUUAUGUAUUUUACUUGUUAAUACCAUUCGACGGUCAAUGAAACGUCGUCUAAGGAAUAUACAAGCUGAAAGAGAGAGACAAGUGGAGGAAGCGAGGGAUAGACUAAGGCAAUUACGAAUUCGUGCCGAACAGGAAGCCUUAUGUAAUACGCCAGAUCCGCGUGAUUUGAUUGCACCACCUUCUUAUGAUGAAGCUCUCUCCAUGCCCAAAUUAAAUACAUCAUGUCAUUCUCUAAACGAAACGGGUACUGGUAAGACUAGAAGGAAACGAGGACGUAGGAAAACAAAAUCAAGCGGAGAUUUACUAGAAGAAACUGAGAGGAAUGGUAAUGUUCGAACAUUUGAUGAUAUGGAACUUGCAGAACCUUCUGGAGUCGAUCGACAAAGACGUCCAAGACGAAACAGGAGGUACGGUAGUCACGAAAUAGCAGAGUUGGAUACGUCGCCAGGAGCCCGACGCAGGCAGAUUAUAUCCGAAUAUGUAAAUGAUAAUGUUGACAGCAUUGUUGUGGAAGUGGAAGCAGAGUUAGAAAGACCAUCCCGUCGCACCGAAAGGAGUAUUUCUACUGACGACAACUUACGACACGAAAGUGACUUUUAAAAUAAUAAUUGUAGCAUAAGAUUAAGGUUUAUUACAAUAAUGAACAUGUAAAUAAUAAAUGUUAUUUAUAAUAUAUUUAGAUACAUACACAUUUUUAA